AUGUCGGAGAAGGUGAUGAGAUGCCGGCAGAAGCUCUCCGCCGCCAUCAGUCGAGCUCUGGAGAACAUUCACCAACCGACCAAUCGGGACAGGCCUCGCUCUGGCCCCACCAACCCCCACUACAGCCAGCCCAGGGGCCCAUCCUUCGCCGAGAACACCAAGAAGGUGACACGGACCUGCCAGACCGAUAAGGGGGAGAAGACGACUUCCAAAAAAGAAAAAGUUACGCCGCCGUCCGCCAUCCAGAGAUCUCCCACAAGGAGCGAGAGCAGAUUAUUAUUGUAUUGUUUGGGGGUGUCAGCCAUUUCCUGUCUCUUAUCACCAUCCAGGUCAGAGGAGCUUCCCGCAGAUCGGAACCCAACCAACACCUCCCAAGAUUUGAACGAUUUGAUCGAUAACACCAGCUCCCCGCUCCUCCAUCAGCUUUCCCGAUCACUGGACUGCGAUGACGACAUGGCCAUGGAUCUGAUCUUCGGUCCUGGCAGCUUUCUCAGCCUCUUAUUGGACAAUGAAGAACCUUCAACCUUUGACCUCACCGACCCGGGGACGGCGAUGAUGGACGUUGCUGGUCACAUGAUGGAGGCAGUUCUGAGCCCAGAGGAUGAACCCAAGAGUUACUGCAUUCUGUGACCAUGUGCCCACCCAACACUGAUCCAAUCAGAAUCCAGCUACAAAGACCCCAAACCCCCUCCCUAAUACCCCUUGUCCUUUUCUGUUACCCCGAACCCCCAUU